AUGGUACCUUGCCCCAGGAAUUGGCCCAUUUACUCGGACUGCAGUCGAUUAACUUCGGAUUCAACAAUUUUAUGGGAACCAUUCCAGUGUGGUUCGGGUCCUUAUCCAAACUUCAAGCCUUCAAUAUUUUUGGUAAUCAGUUUUCAGGUUCCAUGCCUGCUGCAAUCUUCAACUUAUCUGCACUGCAAGUAUUUAAUAUGGAAAAUAACCAGCUAUCAGGCGCGCACCAACAACCAUCUAAGGGCAACAAAUAGAUUUCAUGAAAGCAACUUACUUGGCACUGGGGGUUUUGGCUCAGUAUACAAAGGCACAAUUUCAGAUGGGAUAGAUGUUGCUGUAAAGGUUUUCAAUUUACAGAUUGAAGGGGCUUUCAAGAGUUUUGAUAGUGAAUGUGAUGUGCUGAGCAAUAUUCGUCACCGAAAUCUUAUCAAAAUCAUCAGUUGUUGCAGUCAACCUGAUUUCAGAGCCUUGGUACUACAAUACAUGUCUAAUGGGAGCCUUGAGAAUCAAAACUCUCCUUUGAAUAUCCUACAAAGGUUGAAUAUAAUGACAGAUGUUGCAUCCGCAUUGGAAUACCUUCAUCAUGAUCAUGGUCCGAAUCAUGUUGUCCAUUGUGAUGUGAAGCCAGGCAACAUACUACUUGAUGAUGAUAUGGUUGCACAUGUUGCUGAUCUCGGCAUUGCAAGACUCUUAGGUGAAGGAGAUUCUAUGACCCAAACCAUGACCCUUGCCACAAUUGGGUAUAUGGCUCCAGAGUUUGGAAUGGAAGGAAUCAUUUCAACCAGAGGAGAUGUGUAUAGUUUCGGUAUUGUACUAAUGGAGACAUUCACAAGAAGGAAGCCAACUGAUGAAAUGUUUGUUGGGGAGAUGAAUUUAAAGCAAUGGAUUGCAAAUUCACUACUUCCAGAUGCUGCAAUUGUUGAAGUUGUUGAUGCCGAUUUACUUGGGACAGAGGAAGAUGGUGAUUUUGUGAGCAGGAGGGAUUGCUUAUCAUCCAUUAUGAGAUUAGCUCUAGCUUGUUGUGCAGAAUUGCCGAAAGAGAGGAUUAACAUGCAAGAAGCUCUAGUCACACUCAAUAAAAUCAAGAUUAAGUUUUUGAAGGACAUAAAGUCAAGCAAACAUUCUGCAUAA